CCGGGUUGUGCUCACUUGGCAAGGCCCGGUAUAGCGCCACAGCAUGAUUGAACCAAAUGCCACCUCCCUUCCGAUACCUGGAGAGAAUAGGGAACACUAGACAGUAACGUAUUAUUUUUCUCUUCGCACACACAGUCCCUAUCAUUUUGCUCUCGUACUUUUUGCUGCAACCGCUUCGCAUACGCUGCGUUCUAUGGCGGAACGAGAAACAGAAACGCUGGAGGCGCAAAAGUCCAAGGCUUUUCCCUUGCUCACAAGACUAGCUCCACGGACACGAGCAAUAUCUCCGUUCGAAUAUAAAUACUCGCAUGCGGCGAGAGGUUUGUGCUUUUUUCCUCAAGCACUUUGCAUUUCAUUCAUUUUUAUUUCUCCGUUCAGCCGAUUCCACCGCUUGUUUCCAGCCUUGGUUCCGGUUCAAUACACCUGCUACGCACUGAUACCACCCAACCACCCUCCAUCUAAUAUCAUGAGCCCGUUUGUCACCUUUGGCCAGGACCGCGACGUCAACACCUGCGAUCCCCGUGGUGGGAUCUCCAUCGAGGAGGCCAGGGAAUACUCCAUCUACGUGUAACCAAAAAGCUUUACAUUUGCUCAGUCGCUCUCUUGCAUAAACUACCCAUCCAAUAAAUAGCUGCAUCUGCAUUUUUCACUCCCUCUCUUCCGCGCAAUGUUUCUGGUACAUGUGAGAAGGAUGGAAUUAGAAAGGCGGAGGCGGGGUAAAGCGUGCAAUGCUCUGUGAGAAAG